AAAUAUAAAUGGAGUUCUUUGUGUCAAAUGAACGCUAGCUGAACCCUAGCCGGCGGAUCUCCGCGGGCGGCAGUCAGGAGUGGAGGCGUGGUCGCACGGGCGAGGUCGCAAUAGGAGAGGCUCAGAGAGAUGGGGCGGCCUUACGCGGUGAAGGGGCGGAAGAAGAAGCGCAAGCUCGAGGAGGCGGCGGCGGCCUCGGACGCUGCCCCGCCCGUCGAAGAAGCGGAGGAGCUGCCACCGCCAGAGGUGAGAAGCGGCGAGGAAAAGAGCAGCGAGGAGGAUGAGGCAGCAGCGGGGGAGGAGGAGCACGCGGCGGCGGACGGGCUCCCAAUCCUACCCAGGACGGUUGAUGGGAAGCGGCGACCCGGCGCCAUCUUCGUACUCGAGAGGGCCUGCCUCGAGGUCGGCAAAGUCGGCAAGACUAUGCAAAUUUUGAACUCUGAUGAUCAUGCGAAUUAUUUGAGGAAGCAGAAUCGCAAUCCUGCAGAUUAUAGGCCUGAUAUCAUUCAUCAGGCUCUACUAGCAAUAUUUGAUAGCCCUCUAACUAAGGCUGGAAGGUUACAGGCUGUUUAUGUGAGAACUGAAAAGGGCGUAUUGUUUGAAAUCAAACCUCAUGUCCGCAUGCCAAGAACCUUUAAACGUUUCUGUGGUUUAAUGUCACAAUUGUUGCAAAAACUGAGCAUUACGGCAGUUGGAAAGCGUGAGAAGCUUCUCAACGUUGUUAAAAAUCCUGUCACUCGUUAUCUACCUGUUGGUGCACGUAAGAUUGGCCUUUCAUUUAGUGCUGAGAAGUCAGUCAACUUGUUUGACUAUGUUGCCAAAUCCAAUGACGACGAACCUCUUGUGUUUGUGGUUGGUGCCAUGGCCCAUGGAAAGAUCGACAAGGAAUAUACAGAUGAUUACAUACAAAUUUGCAACUACCCUCUCAGUGCUGCCUGCUGUUUAAAUCGGAUAUGCAGUGCCCUGGAGCAGAAGUGGAACAUCCAAUGAGGAACUUUUGACAAGCAUGGGAAUCUUGUUUUAUUAUAUACAUCUUACAUGUACUUCCCUCUGCUUAUGUACAAUGUUUGAAAGUUAAAACCAAAUGUUUCAGUGUGGCA